CUGCCAGGCCCCCCCCCCCCCCCCACCGCUUUAUCUCCACCGGCUUCCAGGCGGCCAGGUUGGGCGUGGGCAAGAGAAGACGGCCGGCGCUAUGAAGUACAGGACGCUGGUGAUGUACAUGGAGAUCGGCUGCUUCGUGUCGUGUCUGGCCGGCUGGAUGCUGGUGUGCUCGACGCUGCCCACAGAGUACUGGACCUUCUCCGAGGUGGGCAGCAUCGUCCUGACCACAUCCAACUACUACUCCAACCUGUGGAGGGACUGCAUCUCGGACACAACGGGCGUCUCCGACUGCAAGGACUACCCCUCUAUGCUGGCGCUGCCCGCCUUCCUGCACGCCUGCCGGGCCCUGGCCGUCUGCGCCGUCAUCACCGGCUUCUUCGCAGGCGUCCUCACACUGAUAGGGAUGAAAUGCACCAAAAUCGGGGGGUCGGAAAUCGCCAACGCGAGGGUGACCUUUGCAGGGGGGGUCACCUAUCUGGUUUCAGGAUUCUGCGGUAUGAUCACCUACUCGUGGUGGGGCAACAAAGUGGUGACGGAAUUUUUAGAUCCAAACUUCAGGGCUCAGAAAUUCGAACUGGGAGCUGCCGUGUUCAUCGGCUGGGGCGGCUCGACGCUCCUGAUCGUCGGAGGGGCCGUGCUGAGCUACUUCUCCGGGAGAGAGGGUCUCCGCUCAACUUCCCCGAAAAAGCGGCGCAGGCCAGCGACCUACGCCACGGCCCGCACCAGACGGACCUACAUGCUGCCCGCCAACUCGUCCAGGGUCACCCUGGUGCCCCCGCUGUUCUACGAGAGCAGGAGGAGCGGGGCGACUAAGACGACAAAGACCACCAGGACGUACAGCAGGGACGCUUUUGUCUGAGCCAAUCAGAGACGGAGAAAGUGACUCCGCCCCCCCCAAAC